AUGGCGCCCCCGGUGGCAGGGCGGCCGCGCACUAGGCAGCGGCUGGAGAACUAUAUGAAGACUAGCGGGUGGAUCAUGAUGGUAAUAACAUAUGCAAUGUUGCUUAUUCCGUACUUGCAGGUCCUGCUUCCCAUGCUCACGACCGCGCCCGUGGCACGCCUCCCGGACCUUUAUGUGUCUGGCGAUGCGCAGUGCGCGCCCGUGCCGCCCACCUUUGUCGCAGACCCGUAUGGGUACGUGCGCGAUCCUGCGACUGGAGAAACGGUCCAGGCGCCUAUAGCGUGCGAGGACACGCGGCGUAUCCCGAGUCUCGGUAUCGCCAUCUUAUCGUGCGAUCCAGGGCGGAUCGAGUGGAACACGUUCCUGGGUCCGCUCACCAAUGCGACGCCACGAGGCGCCCUAUGGAUCCUGCCGUACCAGGAGAAAAAUGCCACCGCGCAGCGCCUGCCGAUCGCGCAGUGGCCGGCCACGAACGAUUUUCAUCCGCUCGGUCUCGGCGUGUACGAGCAGGCGCCUGGCGCCGCGCGCCUGUUUGUGGUGAAUCAACGCGCUGCAUUCACGACGAUCGAGGUGCUGGAUCUUGUAUGCCAUCAGGGUGAAUGCCAUGCGACGUACGUGCGCUCGCUCGCGCAUCCUCGCGCUACGCAUACAGCCAACAGCGUAUACGCUGUAUCGCCGCACGCUGUGCUCGUGACCAACUCGCACCUCGUCGCGCGGCGUGCGCCGCCACGCGCACAGUAUGUGGCGGCUCUUUCGACCAAGAUGCCGCGUAUACUGGCCGUCGCAUUGCACCCUGUGGUGCGCCAACCGUGGAUCGCGCCAUGGCUGACCAAGGUCGACGCCUUCCUGGGCUUGGGGUGGGUCGCGCAUGUGGCAUUUGAUGAAGCCGUGCGCACGCCUCGCCAGGAUGCUGUGCGUUACGCCGAGGGAAUACGUACGCGUUUUGUGGUGAGAUUCAUGAGCUUUGCGAAUGGGGUGGCCGUGACUCCCGACGAAAGUGCGCUGGUCGUGGCGUCGUCCGUGCGCCUCGGCACCUAUAUCUUCCCACUGCGGGUGCACGAUGCGCAAGGGCACGCGGACUGGACAUCGCGUCGUCUGCUCGGGCGGUGGCGUUGGGCUCCGACGCCGUUUCUCCCGGACAACAUCGCGAUCGUGCCGCGGACGCCUGGGACGACUUGGGCGAAGGACGAUCCGCUGCACGGCGCCUCGGUGCUCGUAGCAGGCCACCCGUCUGUCGCAGCGCUCGAGCGCAUGGCGCGCCAUGGCACACAGCGCGCGCCGAGCUGGGUCGUCGUGGCAGGUGCGCACGGUGCUCCAGACAAAGGGGCAGGCCGUGGCAGCGAGCGCCGGCGCAGAAUGGGACGAUUCGAGUGGCGUGCUGCUCGUAUCGGCGCUGUAUGGAUCACCACUCGUGUGCCACUAUGA